GUCCAUGUCCAUGUCCCUGUCCCUGUCGCUGCCCGUGUCCGUGUAUGUGCCCCUGCUCGCACCACUUCCCCUGACUCUGCCAUUCCUGGGGUGCUGUCUAGGCUGUUUUAAUAGCUUGCCUCUCAUCUGGGAAUAGAAAUUAGCAUAAAAUAAGGCCAUACCUUUGUGAUAGCACCCCAAUAGAGAUUAAAAUGUUGUAGCUCCACUUUUUUACCCAUGGAUUGACUAUUUUGCUCUUUCUCCAAACAGGAGGCGCUGACUGACUCUUUGGGGGGUUGCAGGUGUAAAGUCUGCUAGAAAAACAUGCCAGGAAAACUUUAGGUUAAAUGUGAAGGUGUUUGAAAGUGCCUUAGAUCCUGCUGCAGAAAGCAAAAUGUAGAAAGAGCAGGUUGUGCCUCAAGCAUUGGGCUUGUUCCCGCAGAGCAGACACAGGUGACAGGGUUUGGGAUGGGCCCAGGGGCUGCGGGGAGGUGGUCUUUAAUUUUGUUUGGAGAGAAUUUCAAUUUCAGGGAGAAGUUUUUAAGUGCAGGAGAAAACUGAGGAGAUUUUAAUAAGGGGAGAUUAUUUUAAGUGGGAAGAGAAUACCUUAAUUUUGGGGAGAAAAUAUUAAUUGAAAAGAAAAUAUUAAUUGAGGGGGAGAAGAUGUUAAUUGGGGGAAAACCUUUCAUGGGGAGAAAAGUGUGCAAACUUUAAUUAUAGCAGAAAAUUUUAAUUGCAGGGAGAAAAUGUUACCUGAGGAGACUUUAAUAGGGGAAGAUUUUAAUUGGUGGAGAAAACUAAUUUGGGGUGGAAGUUUUAUUGUGGGGAGAAGACUUGACUUACAGGGAGAAAAUUUUAACUGAGGAGAGAAAAAUAUAAUUAGGGGGAUAAAACUAACUGGGGGGAGAGGAAAUUUUAAUUGUAGGGACAAGAUUUUAAUUGUGUGAGAAAACUUCAGCUGGGGAGAAAUGUUGAAAUACAGUGCCGGGAGAAAAUUUUAAAUGGGGAGAAAAUUUUAAUUGAGGACCAAAAGCCUUCAUGACACCUCUGAUAGAUGGAACUUUGCUUGGCAGGUGUUUGUUCCACCUGUAGAGGUGGAACCCUGGAAAUGGAGGAAACGAGAGUUUAUCCAGGACUUUCGGGCAUGGCAAGGAGCAAGCGGGCAGGUCACAGCGUGGAGAUGAAGCCAGAGGCACGUGUCACCUGCCAGGUGGUGCUGGCAAUGCUUUUCACGGCUCUGUUCAUCACAGCCAUCGCUUUUGCAGUGCAGGCUCUUCAGCCUCAUGCCCAGCCCUGCUCUCCGUGUCCCUUUGACUGGAUCAGGUACAGAGGAAAAUGCUACUAUUUUUCUGAGGCUGAGAGGAACUGGACAUCCAGCCGGGACAACUGCUCAGCACUUGGUGCUUCUUUGGCCAUGCUGGACAGCAUGGAGGACUUGAGCUUUGUGAUGAGAUACAAAGGCAUCUCAGAGCAUUGGAUUGGCCUUUUGCGGGAGGAUGAGGAGCAGCCAUGGCAAUGGGUGAACCGCUCACCUCUGUCUCAGCUGUUUUGGAUCCGUGGUGGUGGGCUCUGUGCUUUCCUGGAUGACAAUGGGCUCAGCUCUUCCCACUGCAGCAUUGAGAGGAGCUGGAUUUGUAAUAAACAUGAGCUGAAGAUCUCAAGCAAUGGCAACAGGACAAGACGGCCUCCAAACCUCUGUGUCAGCUCCCUGGGUGCCGCAGGGAGGCCUUCUCACUCCCAGAUACUUGGUGCACCAUAGGUACAUGAAAGAAAACCUCAAAAAGGUUUUGAAUCUCCUGGGCAAGGGGUUAUUGGGGGUUCAAGGGGACCAACAAGGUUCUUUCUGGGACAAGGCAGCCUUUGGGGAUCCACAAGAGAUAGUUCUUGAGAAUAUGGGGGGUGGGGGGACAGGGCAGCCCUGGGGGCUCUUCUUGGGUUUGGGGCAACUUGGUGAUGGCCCAAAAGCAGACGCCUUCUACUUCUUAGAGAAAAAAAAAUUUAUUCUUUUCUGAGCAUAUUUACAUAUUGAGUAUUUGGAAAUACAUCUCAAGCAUGCGGAACAGCAGAGGAAAAGAGUAGGGGCAGUGGGUGUGAGCUCAUCCUGGUGAUGAUAAAAUCAGUUUUAAUAUAAGGCACAGUGGCUGGUAUUAAUA